AUGGAUACCCCGUCACAACCUGAUAGUUUACUUUCUCGAGGCUCACAUCUGUCCGACCCCUCACAGGCCUACACCUUCCAUACAGAUCUCGACAACCUGUCCGGUGGCACGACAGAGACGGCACUUGGUGCAUCUAUUUCUUCUAUCCACAAAAUCUCCACUCUAAAUCUCCGUCAUACAGUCGACCUCAGAGCGAUUACAUAUGGGGGCACCGUGGAUGAGAACUUGGUGUGUCCGAUAUGUCGAUGUCCAUUCGUAGAUCCUGUCUUGACAGAUUGUGAUCAUGUUUUUUGCCGUGCGUGUAUCGAUGAUGCACUGUCGCAUGGCGAGCUGUGUCCGGUCGACCGUUUACCCUUAUCCCAAGCAACGAUAGCGAGGGCGCCCAAAAUGGUCUUCAAUCAGCUUGAUGCCCUGAAAGCAAAAUGUCCUUGUUGCGGCAACAUUUUUGCAAGAGCCAUCCUCGAAAACCACCUAGAAAAGUACUGCCUAGAAGCCAUGGUGAGGUGUCCCGGGUCACUUUCUGAGCAAGGAUGCACUCAAGUGGUAAAGAGGAGGCUUUCUACUCAGCAGUGUCUUCACUACCCAGCGCAGUGUCCAGAUUGCUACGAGACAUUGGAGCAGAUCGAGAUGGAGUCUCAUCGACAGACCCUGUGUAGAGAUAGGACAAAGCUUUGUGACUAUUGCGAAGUCGAAAUCCUGCGGUGUGAGGAAAUUGAGCAUAAAGCAGAAUGUCCAGAUGUCUUACAGAUAUGCAAAUGGGCGCAAUAUGGCUGUCAACAUGAAUCAAAACGGAGGGACCUUUAUUUACAUGCUGAUGACUGCCACUUCAAAUCCAUAGGGCCUAUGGCUGAGAUGUUGAAAGUCGAGAUUAGUAGUCUGCGAGACGAUGUACGGAAUUUGACGGAGACAAACCAACUUCAGGAACGACGCAUUAAGUUUCUCGAGAGUGGACAGCGAGCUUCUGAUCGACCUAUGGAUUUGAUGGAUCUAUCUCUUGCUAGUAUGCCGGAGGCAGCCUCUACAGAUUCUUUGGAUUCCGGACAUGACUACCUACUUUCAUUGCUAGAGACCCAACAAAGUCGGCUCAGCCAUCUUUCAGCCGAGCUGUCCGAUUUUCAGGGGAAGAACACGAUGAUGCUCUUUAAUGAGACAUUGCCUAUCAAGAACGAACUUGCCGAGUUGAGAAGCACACAGCAAGUCACUUGUAUGCAUGUCCGAUGGCUGAUGAGGUUUCGUAUGCAAGAGAAUCAAAGGAGGUUUGGGGUUAGUCCUGGGUUGGCAUCAACUGGUGGUCCAGAUGGUGGUAAUGGAUUCGGAAGUGACAUAACUUUGUCACGUAGGCUGAGUGACUCGUCUAGAGAUGUGAUUACGAAACUGUAA